AUGAUGAUGGAAUCGCCGGCUUCCGCUCCCGUUGAGAACAGCCUCCUCGCCUCCCCCGACUCCGCUAUCCAGCGCACAAAGACUCCUUACGUUACUGGAACUUCUGUGAUUGGGCUCAAGUACAAGGAUGGCAUUCUUAUGGUUGCUGAUAUGGGAGGUUCAUAUGGUUCAACCAUUCGCUAUAAGAGUGUUCAGCGAAUUGAGAAAGUAGGAAAACAUUCUCUUAUUGGUGCAAGUGGAGAAAUCAGUGAUUUUCAGGAAAUUUUACGCUAUCUUGAUGAUCUCGUACUAAAUGAUAAUAUGUGGGAUGACGGGAACUCCUUGGGACCCAAGGAUAUUCAUAAUUAUUUAGUCCGAGUUAUGUACAAUCGUCGUAACAAGUUUAAUCCUCUGUGGAACAAUCUCAUCCUUGGAGGGGUGAAAAAUGGACAGAAGUACCUUGGAACGGUUAAUAUGAUUGGAGUGCAUUAUGAGGACAAUCAUGUUGCUACAGGGUUUGGGAAUCACUUGGCACGACCUAUUCUUCGGGAUGAAUGGCGCGAAGACUUGAGUUUUGAAGAAGGUGUCAAGAUAUUGGAGAAAUGCAUGCGUGUCCUCCUCUACCGUGAUAGAUCUGCUGUGAACAAGCUACAGAUAGCAAAAAUUACUGAAGAUGAUGUGCAGAUUUAUCCACCAUAUGCGUUGAAGACUGUGUGGAAUCUGGCUGCCUUUCAGAAUCCGUCAGCCAGUGCUCCGGGUUCAUGGUAG